AUGGACAAAUACGAUGGAUCUAGAGUGUUUUUUAGAGAAAUGUGUAAAAAUAAUAGGGAUGAUUUUCCGUAUCGGAGGGGAGUAAUAAUGUCAGAGCUCCAUACUCCUUGCUGUCCAGUGGUUUGUAAAUUAAUUCUACCAGACCCUUUGACUAUUGAUUUUAUUUCUAAAAUACAACAGAAGCCGUUUUUGUGUAUACAAUUUUGCUCAGUUUUGCCGUGUUUGGAAAUUCUUGAGGAAUUCGAUCGUAGAUCUAAAAAUGACAAAUCUCUGAGGCGUUUUGUAGAUUAUGAAGGAGCGACAACUCUUUUAACUUUUAACGAACUAUUUAAUAAAUAUUCGAGGAUUGAAGGCAAUCAGUUUGUCUUCCAUGUGGACAGCGACAAAUAUCUUCUAAAUGAACACACAUCGAAGAAAAUCAUUGAUUUAAUUAACCCUUCUAUUUCAAUCAUACCCACUUUAUCAUUAAAGCAUUCGGAAAGGAAGAAAUGGAGCGCGAGAAAGAGGACAAAGUUAAAUGAUUUAUACCAAACUUAUUACGAAACACUAUCAAGGUAUCCAAACAGCACUAAACUGGUUAAACCUAUUCAUCCUUGUAUUGAACUUAAGGAAAUGGGUGAUUUUGAGGUAAUUGAAUUUCCGGGAUUUGGGUUUGGAGAAUCUUUAAAUGAAAGAUAUGAAUGGAUAAAAGAAAUGGGAAAGAAUUUGACAGGAAAAGAGGUGAGAAUAAUUCAACUCAAAACGGGAACACCUUUGGAGAUACUCCAUGCUGUUUUAAUGGGUUUUGAUGUGGUUAUUUCUCCCUAUCCUGAGUCUUUAUCGGAGCAAGGAUUUGCACUAUCAUUUGAAUUACCCAGUGAAUUUGAGGGGAAUUAUGAACCGGAAUAUGUUUUAAAUUUAUUGAACGAAAGAUGUAAAUUUUUCGAUGGAGUUUAUAAGGACCAAAUUAAAGAUAUCGUUGAUUUGAAAAAUAGUGUGCACAUCGAUGUUGUUGAAUCACUUAUGGACGAAAAAUCAGUAAGGAAGGAAUCAAGGGCAUAUAUUAAUCAUCUUCUAAAUUGUAAAGAAAUGAAUGGAAACAUAAUAUUAUCCAGUCAUAACUUAUACAUGUAUGAAUUGUUGUUUCAAAGGAUCAGAGAUUCCAUUGAAAAUGACACACUGGUGAAUUUCGUUUAUAAUUUUAUACAGCUUAACGUUAAAAGAGAUUAA